GCUGACAGAAUGGCGGCGGGGUGCUGCUGGGAGGAUGCUGUUGUUGCUGAUGAUGUCUGACCGCCCAUCAGAAUGUGAAUUGGAUAUCAACGGCAAAAGGAAAAGGAAGCAAAGAAGGGCCUGACGCCGAGGUCUCCUAAAGCAUCGACAUGGCCAGGCUAGUCGACUACUUCGUGGUGGUCGGUUACGACCUCGAUAAGCGGGGGGCCAGCGAGGGCCAGGGCCACAUCCUCCAGCGUUUUCCCGAAAAAGACUGGGAGGACAACCCCUUUCCCCAGGGCGUGGAACUGUUCUGCCAGCCGAGCGGGUGGCAGCUCGCCCCCGAGAGGCUCCCGCCGUGCUUCUUCGUGGCGGUCCUGACCAACAUCAGCUCCGAGCGCCACUACUGCGCCUGCUUCACCUUCUGGGAGGAGGCCGAAGACGCGGAGCCCCGGAAGCACCUGUCCAGUGAGGCUGAUGAUGACGAUGACCCUGGGAUUACACAGCCAGCUCAGCUCUUCGCCCCCAAGAGUCUGGUGCUGGUGUCCCGGCUGGACCACGCAGACGUCUUCAGGAACUGCCUGGGCCUGAUCUACACUGUACACAUCAAUGGGCUGAACGUUCCCAUGGAGACCCUGAUCGGGAACCUGCUGACCUGCGUCAUUCCCGUAGCAGGAGGUUCGCAGACCGGAUCCAAGAUGGAGGACAGUGCGAGGACCAUCACGCUGGGAGCGGGAGACCGGCAGGUGAUCCAGACGCCCAUCAGCGACUCCCUCCCGAUUAGCGGCUGCAGCGUGACUCACCUCUUCCGGCAGUUAGGGAUCAACAACGUGCUGUGUCUGUUCUGCGCCGCCCUGACCGAGCACAAGAUCCUCUUCCUGUCCAGCAGCUACCACCGCCUCACGGAGGCGUGCCGCGGCCUUCUGGCCAUCAUGUUCCCCCUCAAAUACAGUUUCACGUACAUCCCCAUCCUCCCAGGCAAACUCCUGGAGGUACUCAGCACCCCCACUCCCUUCAUUAUCGGGGUCAACUCUCUCUUCCGCUCCGAGACGCAAGAGCUGUUGGACGUGAUCAUCGCGGACCUGGACGGCGGCACGGUGGUGAUCCCGGAGUGUGUUCACGUGUCCCUGCUGCCCGACCCUCUGCUGCACCAGACCCAGACUGCGCUCUCCAUGGUGCUGGAUCCAGAGCUGGAGGUGGCCGACCAAGCCUUCCCCCCUGCCUCAGCCCAGGCCUCUGCCCUGAAGAUCCAGGAUAAGGAGCUCCGCGGCGUGUUCCUCUGGCUGUUCGCUCAGCUGCUCCAGGGCUACCGCUGGAGCCUCCACAUCAUCCGCGUCCAUCCCGAACCCGUCAUCCGCUUCCACAAGGCUGCGUUCCUGGGCCAGCGGGCGCUGUCCGAGGACGACUUCCUCAUGAAGGUCCUGGACGGGAUGUCGUUCGCCGGGUUCGUGUCCGAGAGAGGGCCGCCGUACCGGGCCACCGACCUCUUCGACGAGCUCAUCGGCUCUCAGAUGGAGCACAUCCGCCUGGAGGAGGGGAGCCCCCGCAGGGUCCUGAACCAUGCCAAGGAGCUCGCCGAGCUGCUCUUCAAAAACGAGAACCCGUACCCGGCGGUGGCCAUGCACAAGGUGCAGAGGCCCACGGAGGGCUCGCGCGCGCGGCUCCAGCAGACGGCCUUCCCCCGCCUGGACGAGGUGGCCGUGCAGCUCCUGGUGGAGCACGCCGCCGCCAAGCUGAAGAGCGCCCCGCCCGCCGUCCGGCCCGAGGCCAAGCGCAUGGUGGGCUCUGGAACCCCCCUGGGCGAGGUCAUGCGCAGGAACGGGAGCGUCCUGGCGAACAGCGCCCGCAGGCUGGAGGUGGUGCGGAGCUGCGUCACCUUCGUCUUCGAGAACAAGAUGCUGGAGGCCAAAAAGCUGCUGCCGGCGGUGCUGCGGGCGCUGAAAGGCCGGGCGGCCCGUCACUGUCUGACCCAGGAGCUGAACCAGCACGUCCUGCAGAACCGCGCCGUGCUGGACGACCAGCAGUUCGACUACGUCGUGCGCAUGAUGAACUGCACGCUGCAGGACUGCUCCCACAUGGACGAGCAUGGUAUUGCAGCCGCCCUACUUCCCCUGGUCACUGCCUUCUGCAGAAAACUGGGGGCGGGCAUCACGCAGUUCGCCUACAGCUGCGUGCAGGAGCACUCGGUGUGGACCAACAUGCAGUUCUGGGAGGCCAUGUUCUACAGCGACGUGCAGAACCACAUCCGGGCGCUCUACCUGGAGGCCGGCGAGAACGGGCACGUCGGGCCGGGCGAGGGGCCGGGCGGGGAGGGCGGACGGGACCCCUCGGCCCUGGAGAUGGCGUCGGAGCAGCUGCGCCUGUGGCCCUCGCUGAGCGGGGACAAGCAGCAGGAGCUGGUGCAGAAGGAGGAGAGCACGGUGUUCAGCCAGGCCAUCCACUACGCCAGCCGCAUGAGCUACCUGCUGCUGCCGCUCGACACCAGCAAGAGCCGCCUGCUGCGCGGCUCCGGCCUGGGCGACCUGGAGAGCGUCAGCAACAGCUACGUCACCAACAGCAUCGCGGGCAGUGUGGCGGGCAGCUACGACACGGAGAGCGGCUUCGAGGACGUGGAGAGCUCGGACGUGGCCAACUCGGUGGUGCGCUUCAUCAACCGCUUCGUGGACAAGGUGUGCAACGAGAGCGGCGUGACCAACGAGCACCUGAAGGCCCUGCACACCAUGAUCCCAGACAUCGUUCAGAUGCACAUCGAGACCCUGGAUGCGGUCCACAGGGAGAGUAAGAGACUGCCCCCGAUCCAGAAGCCCAAACUGCUGAUGCCCGCUCUGCUCCUGGGGGAGGAGCUGGUGAUGGAGGGCAUGAGGGUCCACCUCCUUCCGGACGGGCGGGACGAGGUCACCGGGGUCACGGGGGGUCCGCCCCUGCUGCCCGCCGAGGGGGCCAUCUUCCUCACCACCUACCGCCUCAUCUUCAAAGGCACCCCAACCGACCCCCUGGUGGGGGAGCAGGUGCUGACCCGGUCCUUCCCCGUGGCCUCGCUCACCAAGGAGAAGAAGAUCUCCGUCUGCCUGCCCAUGGACCAGUUCAUCCAGGAGGGCCUGCAGCUGCGAUCCGGAUCCUUCCAGCUGAUGAAGAUCGCCUUUGACGAGGAGGUGGCCUGCGACCUGGCGGAGGUCUUCCGGAAACAUCUGCACAAGCUGCGCUACCCGCAGCACGUCCACGGCACCUUCGCCUUUACCGCCGGCCAUUUCGGCAAGAUGGCGGUCGAGCACAAGAGCAAGGACAAGAACCAGUCUCUAAACCCCUGGCAGGCUCACGAGCUGCUCCACGGCCUCAAGUCGGGCGUUUGCACGCUGGGCCGCGUGGGCCACUCCACCACAACUCUCUCCAAAAACCUGGUGAAGAGCGCCAAGCGGACGAUUGGUCGACAGGUCGUGACCCGGAAGAAGUACUCGCCGCCCACGUGGGAGAGUCGGACCAGUCUGCAGUCCCAGGGGGAGGAGGAUGAAAUCUCAGUGUCCGAGGAGGCGGAGCAGAGCUCCCUCACCCUGUCCUCCACCAUCAAGCCGUCAGACCGCCAGACCAUGAGCAGCGUGGUGGAGCGGGCCUGUUGCCGCGACUACCAGCGGCUGGGCCUGGGCACGCUCAGUAGCAGCCUGACGCGCUCCAAGAGCGAGCCGUUCCGCAUCUCCACGCUCAACCGCAUGUACAGCGUGUGUCGCAGUUACCCCGGGCUGCUGGUCGUGCCCCAGAGCAUCCCGGACGGGCCCAUCCAGCGGAUCUCGCGCUGCUACAGGCAGAGCCGCUUCCCCGUGGUGUGCUGGAGGAGCUCCCGCACCAAGGCCGUGCUCCUGCGCUCCGCCGGCCUCCACGGCAAGGGCGUGGCAGGCUUCUUCAAGUCCCCCAACGCCCCCAGCACAGCAGGCCCCUCGCAGACGGACUCCAGCAGCCUGGAGCAGGAGAAGUACCUGCAGGCCAUAAUCAGCUCCAUGCCCUCGUACUCCGAGCCCAGCGGACGCAGCACGCUCAGCGGCUUCAGCUCCGCCCACAUGAGUGCCUCCGACACGUCGGACCGGCUGAGGCAGCCUAAGAUCGGAGCCCUCAUGAAGCAGGUGAUGGGAGGCAGAGAGGAGGCCUCUGGGACCUUCAGCAGGGGAGCGCUGGGUCAAAGGGCGGGGGUCGUUUCCCUCUCUCAACCCAGAGCUUCCGGGGCGGGCCGAAACAGUCCCAGAGGGAAAUGGGGCAGUAUUCGUGGGACGGGGCGGAUGAGCGCCUAUAACCCUGAGGUGGGGAACCGGCUGGCAGGCAAUGAGUCUCCCAAAGCCAACGGGGGCCCGUCCGAGGCCCACUUCCUCCGCCCGCAGAGGGCCUACCUCUACAUCAUCGGAGACAAGUCUCAGCUCAAGGGCACCAAGCCGGACUCGUUCCAGCAGUGGGAGGUGGUGCCCAUCGAGGUGUUCGACGUGCGGCAGUUGAAGGCCAGCUUUAAGAAGCUGAUGAAGGCCUGCGUCCCCAGCUCCUCUUCCUCGGACCCCAGCACCACCUUCUACCGCUGCCUGGAGGAGUCGGAGUGGAUGUGCCUGCUGCACAAGGUGCUGCAGGUGUCUGUGCUGGUGGUGGAGCUGCUGGACAGCGGCUCAUCCGUCAUGGUCAGCCUGGAGGACGGCUGGGAUAUUACCACACAGGUCAUGUCCCUGGUGCAGCUGCUGUCGGACCCGUACUACCGCACCCUGGACGGGUUCCGGCUGCUCCUGGAGAAGGAGUGGCUGUCGUUCGGUCACCGGUUCAGCCACCGCGGCGCCCAGACGCUCGCCGGCCAGAGCAGCGGCUUCACGCCCGUCUUCCUGCAGUUCCUGGACUGUGUGCACCAGAUCCACCUGCAGUUCCCCAUGGAGUUUGAGUUCAGUCAGUACUACCUGAAGUUCCUGGCCUACCAUUACAUGUCUAACCGAUUCAGGACCUUCCUGCUGGACUCAGACUACGAGAGGAUCGAGCUGGGGGUGAUGUACGAGGAAAAGGGGGAGAAGAAGAACCAGCAGGCGUUCAAGUCUGUGUGGGACUACAUCGACCGGCUCAACAAGAAGACUCCCGUCUUCUUCAACUACAUGUUUGCGCCCGAGGAUGGAGAGGUUCUGAAGCCGUACAGCAACAUCUCCAACCUGAAGGUGUGGGACUUCUACACGGGCGAGACGCUGUCCGAGGACCCCUCCUACGACUGGGAGCUGGGGCAGGGGCGGGCGGGGCAGCCGGAGGAAGAGGAGCGGCCCGACUCCGCCCCGCCGAAAUCCCAGCGCCGCGUCGUGUGGCCCUGCUACGACAGCGCCGCCAAAGUCCUGCCCGACGCCAUCACCAAGCUCCUGCAGGAGCUCCAGGAUCUGGAGACGGAGCUUGGCCACGUGCCAGAUAAGUGGAGAGACGCCUGGGACAAGAUCAAGGUCACACAUCGAACAGAGGCCGCGCUCGGGAGCAGGCACUCCCUCUCCAGCUCCCUGAUCUCCUCCAGCCUCAGCCCGCAGCGCCGCUCACAGGGCCUGUACCUGCAGGAGGGCGGGGCCGGGUCCUCCAUCAGCCUGUCGCUGGACGCCGAGCGCAGCUCCACCUCCUCCUCCACCCCCGCGGGGGCCCGGACGGGACAGCCCAGCUCCAGCACCCUCUACAGCCAGUUCCACAGCACCGAGAGCGAGAACAGGUCCUUCGAGGGAAUACUGUUCAAGAAGGGCGCCCUGCUGAAACCAUGGAAACCACGCUGGUUUGUGCUGGACAAGACAAAACACCAGUUGAGGUACUACGAUACCCGGCAGGACAAGGACUGCAAGGGCACGAUCGACCUGGCGGAGGUGGAGUCCGUCGCCCCGGGAUACCCGACCAUGGGGGCCCCGAAGAACAUGGACGAAAAGGCCUUCUUUGACCUGAAGAUCACCAGGAGGGUGUAUAACUUCUGUGCUCAGGACAGCCAGAACGCACAGCUGUGGAUGGACAGUAUUCAGAGCUGCCUGUCAGAUGCCUAGGUUCACCAUCAAGGUGCAUUAUGGGAAUGGUGGGGCGGGGGCGGGGAGUGCGUCACACCAUUGGGGCUCUAAUGGACCACUCAGCUGGCCAAUCACAGAGUCCCAGGGCGGAAGACCAGGAGGAAUGUGGGCGGGCCUAGCCCCUUAUUGGUCACGUUGAGUUGAUGGAUGUCCAAUCACAAUGUUUCCAGUGUUUUUCCCCCAAGGCCAUUCGCUGGUGUUGUAUCAUUGUAACGCCCCAGCUCUCCCGAAACUAAAGGUGGCACGCAUCACCUGGAUCUUCUUGAAAAUGGUAUAACGGCAAGACGCUUUAUCAUUCUGGGAAUCGAAGGUCUGGCAUCAAGUGACAUUGCACUAACAGGACUACAUUUCUGAAGGACUACAACUCCCAUGAACGCUCCAGACUCCAUCCAUUAGAGAGAAUGGGGGUCGUGGGUCAGCAUGACCUCAGCUUCCCGCGACAGCGCUAUCCUGGGGCGGGUCUUUUGAUUGGACCCCAGCACCUCUAGCUCUAGGGGACGGACAGAUUUUCUCCCUAAUCUCUGCUCUGUUAUUAAAAUAAGCGACACACAAUACAGCCACUGUAUUGCCACUGUCCGUUCACUCCAAGCACUCUGGGAGUUGGUUGCGUGUGCGACCCAUCCAGAUUCGUCUGGCUUCUCUCGGCAGAGGUCGAAUAGCCGGGUAAAUGCGUAGAAAUGAAGGAUUCACAAUGAGCCUUUUUUUUUUUUUUUUUUUUUUUUACUUCCGCAAAUUGUUGUUUUCGUUGCUGUAUUUAAUGUCUGCUCCAAACACAGUGGGGAAAUAUCAAAUAUAAAAAAAUUUGAACACUGUCAAAGUAAUUUGGCCGCGCUCUCCUGCACUUCAGUGGCGUCUUGAAAUGACGAGCCCAAAAAAACCGGACGACAAAGUGAGCACGACAAUUGUUUACAAAGCAGCUAUCGGUAUACUUCUUUAUUAUAUUAUAUUAACGAGGAAAGAAACCACUAUUGAAUGCUUAAAA